AAUGUGUGAAUAAUUGUUCGUUGUUGGUUUUGUGUGAGGUAGAAGAAUCAUGAUUGGGUUAUUCAAAGUGAAAGAGAAGCAAAGGGAAGAAUCUCAAAAUACUAACAGAAGAGGAGCUUCUACUGUCAAGAAGCAAUCUGCUGGUGAACUUCGUCUUCACAAAGAUAUAUCGGAGCUGAACUUGCCAAAGUCUUGUAAGAUAUCCUUUCCGAACGGAAAGAAUGACUUGAUGAACUUUGAAGUAACCAUUAAACCUGAUGAAGGAUAUUACAUGAAUGGUAAAUUUGUGUUCUCAUUCCAAGUCUCUAAUGUGUAUCCCCACGAAGCUCCCAAAGUGAAAUGCAAGACCAAGGUGUAUCAUCCUAAUAUCGAUCUAGAAGGAAACGUCUGUCUGAACAUCUUGCGUGAAGACUGGAAACCGGUUCUCAACAUAAACACAGUUAUCUACGGUCUUUUCCAUCUCUUCACGGAACCCAAUUACGAGGAUCCUCUGAACCAUGACGCAGCAGCGGUGUUAAGGGAUAACCCGAAGCUGUUCGAGAAUAAUGUCAAAAGGGCAAUGAUGGGUGGCUAUGUUGGCGAAACCUCAUUUCCUCGCUGCAUGUAGUUUGACUCUGGUUCGGUUUCUUAGCCAUUUUCUCCUUCUAAAGAAACUUCUCUUGUUUAC